ACAUGCCGUACACUAUAUCACCUGUCCAUAGAACGUUCCAUCUACUGGCGGAGCGCAAAAUUCGUCCACGGGCUUUUACCAAGAGUCGCGCCCUUGUCUACAUUCGGCGGCAGAGAGCUACGCGAGACCGCGAUAAAGAGCACGAAUCUCGAAUGGAAGUGGGAGGACCCAUCUCCUCGUCUUGUUCGUCGCGUACCGAUACCCAUCCUCUAUAGAAAGGAACGUUAUUUUAUACCCCCGGGCUCCAGGUGGCUAUUCCAGUGUGGACACAAAAGUUCUAAUGACCAGACGAGAUGGUUGAGUGUCUAUGAUCUCAUUACGGAGACCGUUGUUGGAUCGUGGUGUCUUGAAGUCACAGAGGGCUAUCCUAUCUUCUCAGGAGAAUCAGUAGAGCCAAACUUGGAGGAUAUUGAUAUUUUGCCAAGGUCUUCCAAGGUCGGACUGUACACCGCACAGUUUACACAGACUCAAAGUGGAGAGAUUUCAGUGAAGUUUGAAAAAACAGACGAGAUCAUUUUCAAACAAGUAGUGAGGUUCUGUACCCUGGAGGAAGGCGUCAUUGCGGCAGGUAACCCCUUUGAAGUGCUAGUCCAGCGAUGGGAUAUAGCCAAUUCUCGAAGAUAUCUCAACUCUGGUGCCGAAUGGCUACAAGCAGGUGUCCAGAUAGCAAAAGAUCGUCUGAUCACACUGGAAGUUACCGGCGUACAAGACGACAAUAGGAUGUGGCGAAUCAACGUCUUUGACAUAUCUUCGGUCCGAAAUGCCAAAGCAGACCAGGUGAUAGAGAAUCAACCUUUGGACAGUAUCGUCAGUGCAAGUCUACCUAAUGCGCCUUGCGCCCCAUUCUAUGCACCUUAUUGGGAGGAUAGAGUCGACCAAGCUGGAAUUCAUUUCGGUUUCAAGAUAAUGUUACGCAUGCAUACUUCGAUCGGGGAACGUUUGUGGCAUUGUGACUUUCGUCUCGACAGUCAACUCGUUGGGGAUGAAAUGCAAGAGGUCUUGACGGUAGAAGAGCCGAACAUAAUUGGAGAAGAAGCUGACCAACGACCUACUCAAUUUACGAAUGGCUAUGUGCUUGGUCCAAAGGCGAGCCGGAUU